CAGAUGCAACUCGCGCAGCAGCAGGGUCAGCCCAUGCAGGGAGGGAUGAUGCCCCAGGGAGGGAUGAUGUCCCAGGGUGGCCAGCCCGGCAUGCAGAUGCAGCAACUUCAGCAGAUGAACCCGCAGCAGCGCCAGCAGUACAUGCAGCAGCAGCAGCAAAUGCAGAUGCAGCAACAGCAGCAGAUGCAGAUGCAGCAGCAGCAACAACAACAACAACAGGCGCAGGCGGCGGCGGCGGCGGCGGCAAAGGGGAAGGGCGCCAAGGGCAAGAAGGGCCCGGCGGGCGCCACGGGUGGCCAGAUGAUGGGCCAGAUGAGUUACCAGCCGAUGCCCGGUCAGGCUGCGGAGAUGCAGAUGCCGCAGAUGCCGGUGCCGCAGUCGCCCGGAAAGAAGAAAGGCAACGUCACGCCGGUUGGGAUGCCCCCGGGGUCGUACUCGUUGAACACGGGCGGCGGCAGGGGCGCGAGCGCGAGGCAGGCGUCGACGCCGAGGGGAAACAAGGGAAAGAAGAAGGACUAAUGUAGACGGUCACUAGCAAAAAACUACUGAAACACAUCUAGGAUUCCAUAC